CCACAAACCCAUUCGAGUCUUCUUCUUCUUCGUAGCAUCUAAUUUGUAUAAAAAUCUCAUUCGAGUGAAAAAUGUCUUGCUGUGGAGGAAACUGUGGAUGUGGAUCCUCUUGCAACUGCGGCUCCGGCUGUGGAGGAUGCAAGAUGUACCCAUGCAUGACGGAAAUGAGCUUUGUCGAGAAAUCCACAACCGAGACUCUUGUUCUUGGCGUGGCUCCCCUGAAACCGCGCUUUGAGGGAUCUGAGAUGGGAGUUGGGGCUGAGAACGGGUGCAAGUGUGGAGACAGUUGCACCUGCAACCCCUGCAACUGUAAAUGAGCGUAAGAUUCAAGGAAGCAAGGAGAGCCCUCUCUCUUUUUAACAAAUAAAUCUUGUUUGUUUUCUGGGUUUAUUAGAAUAAAAGCAGCCAUUGCUUCUAAGCAAAACUUCAUUAGGGAUUUGCUUGUAAAGGCCAUGGUUGCUUGGCGUGUGUUCAGAUAUUAUGAUUUGCAUCUAUAUUUUAUGUAUGGAAGUCGGUUUUCUAAUGAACGAAAGGGAAGUUGCUCU